AUGGAUUUCGAAGUUUACCGUUGCUCUCUUCCUCUUGGCUUGGAAAACGGUCAUGUACCAGACGCUGCAUUUUUUGCUUCUUCAAGUGCAAGCAGCAAAAAUGGUCCAGCACGUUCCAGAUUGAACUUACAGUCAAACAGCAAAGGAUACGGAGCCUGGUCAUCGGGCGCUAAUAAUGGCAAACAGUGGCUUCAAAUAGACCUCGGGGAACUGGUGCGAGUUACCAAGGUGUUUUCCGGGAAAACAGACAGAAAUAAUGUCAUCACACACUCCUUGAAACCUCACAUCGAUGCUCGCUUCAUCAGGUUUCAUCCAAGGACACACAAUCUCAAUAUACAUUGCUUCAGGGUUGAGUUGUAUGGACGUCGUAAUGUCAAGAAGUGUUUAAUGCCUGUGGGAGUAGAAGACGGUAGAAUUCCUGAUGAAGCAUUUACUGCUUCAUCUUCAGCCAACGCUAAAUACCUUCCAUAUAGAGGCAAACUUAAUUUACUACCAAGUGGUGGGAAAUAUUGUUGGGCAGCCAAACAGAAUAAUGCUAAUCAGUGGCUACAGGGAAAUCUUGGACGUCUGUUCAACGUACGAGGCGUGGCCACUCAGGGUCGGCACGAUUCCGAUCAGUGGGUGACAAGCUUUUCAUUGUCUUAUACUGCAAAUGACUUUAACUGGGUCUUUAUCAAGGAAAAUAGCCAAGUAAAGACAUAUCUGGCAAAUAGCCACAGGACAACAGUUGUCAAACAUGUCUUCAGUCCGGAUGUCAGAGCGUUUGCCAGAAGCGUUCGUUUCCAUCCGAAAGGUUGGAAAAACCACAUCUCUAUGCGAGUGGAGAUUUAUGGUUGCAAAGAAGAUCGCAGUUGUUUUCUUCCUCUUGGUAUGGAGAUUGGCCAUCUUUCCGACAAUGCUUUAUCAGCAUCUACGUCUUACACUGCUAAGCGCAUUCCUCAGUUCUCCAGACUUAACAAAAUCCCCAGUUCAGGGAAGGGAGGGGCCUGGUGGUCACGUACAAACAAUGCCAAUGAAUGGCUGCAGGUCACCUUCGGGCGAGAAACAACUGUGACAAAAGUGGCCACUCAGGGGAGGUAUGACGCUAAUAAAUGGUUAACGAGCUACAGUUUGUCGUACAGUGUGGAUGGCUCCCACUGGGCUUGGUACAGACUUUCAGAUGGACGUAUUAAGGCAGAAGCAAGAUUUAUAUAUAAUGAAUGUACAGAGGGCAUAUUGUGUUACUUUCCCGUGAUUCAAAUUAGAAUUUUGCAUUAA